GCCGGGGAACGGUGGAGGCGGUGGCGUUGGCGGCGUCGCUCAGGCUCGGGUCUGGGCCGCCAUCCCGCUGGAGGAGGGGGCAGCGGGACCCUGGGCCGAGGCCGGGGCCGGGGGCGGAGGCGGCUGAAGGGACGGGACGGGAGUUCCUGGGAGGUAGGAGGGGUUGCGGAGAGGACCCGGAGGUGGGGGCAGCAGCUCCGCCAUCUUGUGGAUGAGAGACCAAGUGACAGCAGGAGCUUAAUCGGGGAGGGGGCUCUGGGCGGCGCGCAGGGCCCUGGAGGGAAAGGGGCGUAGGGACAGUUACUGAAGAGCGGAGGAAGCCAGGAGGAGAGACGCCGUGAGGCCGCUGGCAGGGCCUUCCUUGUGUGAGGGUUACGGUGCUCUAUGCCCAGGUCUCUGUGGCUGGGCUGCUCCAGCCUGGCGGACAGCAUGCCUUCGCUGCGAUGCCUGUAUAACCCAGGGACUGGCGCACUCACAGCUUUCCAGAUACACCUCUAUACAUUCAUUGUUAUAAUGGCUUUGAAGACGUUUGCCCUUGGAAUUAAUAAAAGGAGUCACAACUCUGUAUCUGUGAAUUCCUCAGAGAGAGAAGACUGUAAUAAUGGCGAACCCCCUAGGAAGAUAAUACCAGAGAAGAAUUCACUUAGACAGACCUACAACAGCUGUACCAGACUCUGCUUAAAUCAAGAGACAGUAUGUCUAGCAAGCACUGCUAUGAAGACUGAAAAUUGUGUGGCCAAAACAAAACUUGCCAAUGGCACUUCCAGUAUGAUUGUGCCCAAGCAACGGAAGCUCUCGGCAAGCUAUGAGAAGGAAAAGGAACUGUGUGUCAAAUAUUUUGAGCAGUGGUCAGAGUCCGAUCAAGUGGAAUUUGUGGAACAUCUUAUAUCCCAAAUGUGUCAUUACCAACAUGGGCACAUAAACUCGUAUCUUAAACCUAUGUUGCAGAGGGAUUUCAUAACUGCUCUGCCAGCUCGGGGUUUAGAUCACAUCGCUGAGAACAUUCUGUCAUACCUGGAUGCCAAAUCACUAUGUGCUGCUGAACUUGUGUGCAAGGAAUGGUACCGAGUGACAUCUGAUGGCAUGUUAUGGAAGAAGCUCAUCGAGAGAAUGGUCAGGACAGAUUCUCUGUGGAGAGGCCUGGCAGAACGAAGAGGGUGGGGACAGUAUUUAUUCAAAAACAAACCUCCUGAUGGGAAUGCUCCUCCCAACUCUUUUUAUAGAGCACUUUAUCCUAAAAUCAUACAAGAUAUUGAGACAAUAGAAUCUAAUUGGAGAUGUGGAAGACAUAGCUUACAGAGAAUCCACUGCCGAAGUGAAACAAGCAAAGGAGUUUAUUGUUUACAGUAUGACGAUCAGAAGAUAGUAAGCGGCCUUCGAGAUAACACAAUCAAGAUCUGGGAUAAAAGCACAUUGGAAUGCAAGCGAAUUCUCACAGGCCACACAGGUUCUGUCCUGUGUCUCCAGUAUGACGAGAGGGUGAUCAUAACUGGAUCAUCGGAUUCCACAGUCAGGGUGUGGGAUGUAAAUACAGGUGAAAUGCUAAACACAUUGAUUCACCAUUGUGAAGCAGUUCUGCACUUGCGUUUCAAUAAUGGCAUGAUGGUGACCUGUUCCAAAGACCGUUCCAUUGCGGUGUGGGAUAUGGCCUCCCCAACUGACAUCACCCUCAGGAGGGUGCUUGUUGGACACCGAGCUGCAGUCAAUGUCGUGGACUUUGAUGACAAGUACAUCGUUUCUGCAUCUGGGGAUAGGACUAUAAAGGUAUGGAACACAAGUACUUGUGAAUUUGUAAGGACCUUAAAUGGACACAAACGCGGAAUUGCCUGUUUGCAGUACAGAGACAGGCUGGUCGUGAGUGGCUCAUCUGACAACACUAUCAGAUUAUGGGACAUAGAAUGUGGUGCAUGCUUACGAGUGUUAGAAGGCCAUGAGGAAUUGGUGCGCUGUAUUCGAUUCGAUAACAAGAGGAUAGUCAGUGGAGCCUAUGAUGGAAAAAUUAAGGUGUGGGAUCUUGUAGCUGCUUUGGACCCCCGUGCUCCUGCAGGAACUCUCUGUCUACGGACCCUUGUGGAGCAUUCUGGAAGAGUUUUCCGACUCCAGUUUGAUGAAUUCCAGAUUGUCAGUAGUUCACAUGAUGACACAAUCCUCAUCUGGGACUUCCUAAAUGAUCCAGCUGCCCAAGCUGAACCCCCCCGCUCCCCUUCUCGAACAUACACUUAUAUCUCCAGAUAAAUAAUCAUACACUGACCUCAGACUUGCCCAGGACUCAUUAAAGUUGCGGUAUUUAACGUAUCUGCCAAUACCAGGAUGAGCAACAACAGUAACAAUCAAACUACCACCCACUUUCCCCGGACUAGCUGAGGAGCAGGGCUUUAAGACUCCUGUUGGGACACAGCUGGUCUGCAGUCGACCCAGGAUGGUUUACUCAGCACAGCUGACUGCUUCCGUGCUGCUAUCAGAAGAUGUCUUCUAUCUUUUGUGAAUGAUUGGAACUUUUAAACCCCACCUCCCCUCCUUCUUUCCUCCUGCUCCUGUUUUUUCCUCAUUUGGUUCCAGACAGAGAUGACAUAAAUAUAUUUAGUGUUUUGCCAGAAUCUCUCUUGCUUUGCCGUUAAGCAGAAGAACUAGUUUCCUAUGGAGCCUACUGGGAGAGAGCCGCUUCUAAGGGACAGGGGAUACAACUUCAAGCCAGACGGCACCCAGUGUCUCCCUGUAAACUGCAAGAAUACCCAGCACCUGGCAAGAUCUGCCCAGCCCCACUGUGCUUAGGAGGAAACAGCUGUCUGUGUAGCCUCUGGGGCAAGAAAGAAAGAAAACAAGAAUGUACACCCUGGAAGAUCUGGGCCUCUUUCCUUCCAUCUCUUUCUCUGUUUCUGUCCCUCUUGCCCCUUCUCCCACUCCCCUUCAACAUGUUUAUCUGCUCCACCUGAGAAGAAAGAAUAUGAAGAAAGUAUCCUCAGUUAUCAUGAGGCAAAUGAGAAAAUGCAAUACUUAGAAGAGUUAAGUACCCUUCAGUCAAAAUUUCAAACCCAGGCUUUUGCUGCAAGUGACCCUAUGUGGCGACGAUGGAUUCUCAGACAUGGUACUGUCGUCGUAUUUGCACCUCUUCUCUCUUCUCCUUGUAACACCCACCCACGCCCCCAAAACAAAAGGGGGAGGGGCAGAAAUUUCCUGGGCUCCUUCAAUGGCCACAUCUUUUCUGGACUCAGCAGUCUCCUCGAUUCCAUGUAGAGUGUGGAAAGGAGUUGCUGAUUGCAUUUCCUCUCAUUAACAAUUAGAUGUGUAAUAAAAAGCGUACUUCAUCUUAAAUCACUGCUAAGGCUCAGCCUACAGAAGGGGUUGAAAUGGCCAGAGCCAUUCUGCAUAAUGGUUCGCAUCUCUGAUUUCCUCAUCAGGGCCUGCAAGUACCCAGGCGUGCCUGUAUCUUUGCCGAGACCACGAUCAGGCUAGCUUACCAGGUGGUCAAGACUAAAAGGUGAUGUCUUUUUCAUUUAAGCCAGUAAAUAUUGUCUCUCAAAAAUCAAGCUAAUCAUCUCAACCUUGCUCUGCAGAACCUUCCUUCUGCUUUUCCAAACCUGGUAUUUAUAAAAGGCAAAACUGCCAGAGAGAGAAUCAGGGUGAAGUUUGGCACACAGGGUUUAUUAAUGGCACAGAAAUGCCUUCUCUUUCCUUUUCUUCCUUCUCUUGGCCUUAUUUUACUCUCCACUCUCCCCAAUAAAAUUCCUCUGGCAGUUGGUGAGCAACAUAAAUAAAUGGACUUCAGGAAGAGCCAAGGCUUACUGGCCACUUCAAAAUCAGCUAUAGAGGCUUCAGGUGCAGGGCACGUGUGCCCCCCAACCUGGGGGCACAGGGAGUACUAUCAGUAUGUGCCCGGCUUGUUUCCCUGGGCAGGAAUGGGCCUUCACCAGCCAUAUUGUGUGGCACAGACACACCCAUCAAUGGGCACAGGGCAGUCUCCAAGUCUUCCCUUGGAAGCUGAGCAGACAGGCCCAUUGUUUCCGUUAUAUCAAAGCAGUUGAGUAAAAGAAAGGCCCCUUUUAACCAGCUGCUGUAAAAACUUCAGAAUGGGAUCCUGUUGCAGGCGACCUCAAAGCCAGGCCACCUUUAGUUGGGGGCGGGGGGGGGUCAUCCUCACUCUUUCCUCUGCUUUGCCAGAAGGAAUCCUCUUCCCAAAAUAUGCCCAGACUGAAUCUUGUUACGUACUGAGAGGCAGAUUGUGCAUAUGCAUUUUCCCUUUCCUGCUUUAUGAGUGCUUUUAAGCUUUUAGUUCCAGGUUAUAGUCAGAAAACAUUUCCCAGUGAAAUGAUUGUCAUUGCUUGGGAAAUUCUGGGUUGGCCAAAAAGUUCGUUCGGAUUUUUCCACACAUCUUACAGAAAAACCCAAAGGAACUUUUUGGCCAACCCAGUAUUUUCUGAAUAUAAUUUCCUUACCAAAUACCCACAUGCUAGAUGUAUGUCUUCUAUUUAGCCACUAUCAGGGUUCCUUGUCUAUUGUCUUGACUGUGUGUGUGUGUGUGUGUGUGUGUGUGUGUGUGUGUGUGUGUGUUGACUGUUAAUGGCUUUUUGAUUGGUUAAGGAUUUUGCUAUAGAUGAGGCAGAGGGCCAUCCCAGGUCAGGCAUUAAAGAGGCAUGGAUUUUGAGCUAUUUCAAAAUAUUGUCCAAUAGCCAUAACUUUACCAGUCCUUCUCUUAUAUGCUGCUAUUCGGAAGUGGAACCAUGGAAUAUUCAUUGGUCCCCAGGGUUUUGCUCUCUCAUCUAGGUUCAGUUGAAGGUAUGUUGACAGGAGCUUGUCCAGUACAUCAUAAAUGAGAUCAAGGGUGAACCCUGCAGUCUGGAGCCAUUAGCUCUAUGGAGGAUAUUCUCCAGGUUGUCCUCUGCUGCUCACGGAAAUGGGAAUGAAGUUAAGUGGUCUGAAAAACUUGUCGGUCACAUUUCUCAGCUCCUGGGGGUCAUUUACCAGUUCAUUGUAGAAGAAAUAAUCAGGUAAGUAGAAGUUUGUUUCCAGAGAAGGUAAAUGCCACUUACCAUCUCUGCAUGAUUUCAGUGGGAAUCGAUUAUCACUAAUCCCCAACUGGGCUAGAAUAAAAAUAAAGUUUGACCUUUUUAAAAAGACAAGAGAAAUGAAGUCUCAACACCUCCAAAGGAAUGGUAGAAAAGGAGCUGAAGGUGUUUCUGGGCUCUGAAAUGAAAUGUCCCCAUUGUAGAUUAGUCUCUUCUCACUAAAAUUCCAAUUUAGGCCUGAAAGAAACAUCUCAUAAAGAUGGGAGGAAUCCUGUUCAAAGGCAGACAAGGAGCGUGUGCAUGCCCCUGCACCUGGUUACUCUGUGGGCACUUGUGAGCUCUCUGUUCACACUGGGGCUCCUUGGACAAAACCAGCAUGCCUUGCUACAUAUGUGUGUAUUUCCACUGCUGAGAACAUCCUUUUACUUUCUUAAUGUGCAGUUUGAAAAUGGACAUGAAUUGUGAGUGGGAGGCCUUUUACACUUGUCCCUUGGCAAAAUUCUUUCCAAUGACUCUUCACCAGAAACUUCAGAGGUAGGGACUCUCUGGGAUUCUGUUGACAAGUAAUAAAGUCUGGCCCUCAUAGCUUGUUUCUGGGAAAGACCCUGGAAUCCCUAAAUCAUUCUGUUUUCUGCUUGAGUAAGAAAAAUCCUUUUUAUUUUUCUUUUGUAAAAUCAAAAGCUGAAGAGAAGAAAAUAUGCACUCUUCUCCUUUGCUGUCUCCUGGUACCCAUUGGUCUGAAUAGCUGUGGUUGGUCUGUUUCUUACUUAGCACUUGGUUGUACGUGGAAACACAGGGCUGGGGGUGGAGUGGUGGGGGGAAUAUUAGAAUAAUUAGGGCAAAAUUUUCUUCCCCAGAAUUAGACACCUUUGUAUUGUUGACCUUCUUGGCAUCUUAGAUGGUAAUACCUUCCUGCCUAGAACAGCGCAGGCCAGAGAGGCUAGGCUGCAAGCUUGAUUCUGGAGGAAUCCAAAGGACUUCCAGUGUCAAAAGGGAUGCUUCGAUGCCUACCACCUGUUUGAUGAUCAGGUUUGCCAUAUGACUUUAAUCCAUAUUUCUGAUCUCCUCCUUCAUUUCUCUGAGUUCAGCAGACUUCCCCGAGCUGGAAAACAGAAAAAGGUGCCCUUGCUUCUUUUUGCCUUCCUCUCUUCCCUCCUAGAGUAACCCUCACUUCUACCAAGUGUACCUGAACCUGCAGGCUGAGUUUAUCUCCCCAGGCCUCAUCCACAUAGCCGAUCGCUGGCAGACCACAGCCCCUUACGUUAUUCACAGUCUCAACAUAAUCAGUGUUGAAAAGACAGCCAUCUCUUAGUAGAUUAAAGCUGAGUUUCUCUUCUUGUUACUUUACCUGUAGUUCAUUUGUGACUUCAGAAUCCUUGGAACUGAGGAGAGAAACCAAAAAAGCAUGAUUAUGGCUGCUGAUUUCAGGUGGAACUUAAUGCAUUGAAAUCCAGAAACCUCUUCUGUUGGAAACUGAGUACCUAUGACCUAAAAUUUCCUGGAGGCAGAUGACACCUGCCAACAUCUUUCCAGCCCACCCAACUGGUUCCUGGGUGGCUGUGUGGGUGUUUAUGGGUCAGUGCAGUAAACAGCAUUAUAAAGCUUCACCUCCCCUCUGUCCCUUUCUCUUCUUGGACACUGAUGGAAAAGACCAACAGGAAGGGUUAGCUCUCUGGGUACCAAGGAUACUAACACUUUCCCAAAUCAAGCCCAACACAGACUGUUCUGACGGAUGUUCACUGGACUCCAGCUAUGGGGCAGGCCUGGCAACAAGUGUGAGCCUCCCUGAGAGCUUUCGGUUGGCUCAGGCUUUAUUCUCUAGACUCUUCAGUACUGACUGCUUUGACUUUUGUGAUUAUGUUAUGGUGAUGUGUAGUCAAUGUACCAAUAUGUUCACAACCUAGGAUCAUGGUAAUACAGUGUGUUUUGUUUUGUUUUUAACUGUUCAGAAAAAAAGUAACUUAAAUUACAAAUAUAAGAUUAAAGUGAA